CCACGCAGCUGCAGAGCCAUCGGGCUGCUGCGCCAUGCGCGCGACGGGGAAAGAAGGGGUCGAGCUAGGCUUGCGUCACUCAGCUGCGACGGCGCCUUCGCGAAACACCUUGCUAAUGGCAUGGUGCCGCGGUCCUGUCUUGCUGUGCCUGCGGCAGGGGCUCGGAACCAAUUCAUUCCUGCGCGGCCUGGGGCAGGAGCCCUUCGAGGGAGCUCGGUCACUGUGUUGCAGGUCCUCGCCUAGAGACCUGCGAGAUGGAGAAAGAGAGCACGAGGCGGCACAAAGGAAAGCCCCAGGAACAGAGUCUUGCCAGUCUCUCCCUCUGAGCAUCUCGGACAUUGGGACUGGAUGUCUUUCGUCACUGGAAAACCUCAGACUGCCGACGCUGCGGGAAGAGUCAUCCCCUCGAGAGCGCGAGGACUCGAGCGGAGAUCAGGGCCGGUGCGGUCCCACACACCAGGGAUCCGAGGAUCCUUCGAUGCUCAGGCAGGCCCAGUCCGCUACCGAGGUCGAAGAGCGUCACGUCUCCCCUUGUUUAACUUCCAGAGAGAGACCCUUUCAGGCUGGGGAACUGAUUUUAGCUGAGACUGGGGAGGGAGAAACAAAAUUUAAGAAAUUAUUUAGGUUGAACGACUUCGGAUUCUUAAAUAGUAACUGGGGGGCAGUCCCGUUCGGCAAGAUCGUGGGGAAGUUCCCCGGCCAGAUACUGAGGAGUUCCUUCGGUAAGCAGUACAUGCUGAGGAGGCCAGCCUUGGAAGACUAUGUAGUAUUGAUGAAAAGAGGGACUGCCAUAACAUUCCCAAAGGAUAUUAAUAUGAUUCUCUCAAUGAUGGAUAUCAACCCAGGUGAUACUGUUUUGGAAGCUGGCUCAGGCUCUGGUGGAAUGAGCUUAUUUUUAUCCAAAGCAGUUGGAUCACAAGGACGAGUCAUAAGUUUUGAGGUACGAAAAGACCACCAUGAUCUGGCUAAGAAGAAUUACAAACACUGGCGUGAUUCAUGGAAAUUAAGUCAUGUAGAAGAGUGGCCAGACAAUGUGGAUUUUAUUCAUAAGGACAUUUCAGGAGCAACCGAAGACAUAAAAUCUUUAACAUUUGACGCAGUAGCUUUGGAUAUGUUAAAUCCUCAUGUUACUUUGCCUGUUUUUUACCCACAUCUUAAGCAUGGUGGUGUAUGCGCUGUAUAUGUAGUAAACAUCACACAGGUUAUUGAACUUUUAGAUGGAAUUCGCACCUGUGAACUUGCUCUUUCAUGUGAAAAGAUAAGCGAGGUCAUUGUCAGAGAUUGGUUGGUUUGCCUUGCAAAACAGAAAAAUGGAAUUUUAGCUCAAAAAGUAGAACCUAAAAUCAACACAGAUGUACAACUAGAUUCUCAAGAGAAAAUUGGAGUUAAAGGUGAGCUGUUUCAAGAGGAUGACCAUGAAGAAUCACAUUCUGAUUUUCCAUAUGGAUCAUUUCCCUAUGUUGCUAGACCAGUACACUGGCAACCUGGUCAUACAGCUUUUCUUGUCAAGUUGAGGAAGGUCAAACCACAACUUAACUGAGUACUCCAGAUGACAGCAACUGACUUGAAGAUGGAAAAAUAUCAAAAUAGAACUUUAUAUUGAAAAUCACUACUUUCAUAGAUUGGCAUUUUUAGCUAUUACUAUGACUUAUAUAACUUAUACAUAUAAUUUUGAAAAUAACAACUAAAAGAUGUAUAACAUGGCAAAACUGCUUAAACAUCCCAUUUUGACACUUGUCUUGCAUUUAGUUUGACAUUUUGUAGUUAACGAUUCAGAUUGGUUUAGUUGGGCCAUCUCAUUCUUCACUUCCUGUAAACCACUCCAUAGAUUUGUCUUUCUUCAAGAAAUUAGUUUUCUUUCCUUUAUUUGAUUGACGGUCAUUGACUACUGAAAUAAAAUAUGCAUUUUAAGAUAAA